AUGACAACUCAAACAUCCACUCGUGAUUCAACUCGUGAUUCAACUCGUGAUUCAACUCGGACUACUACGACGGAUCAGUAUGAUAAUCCGUACUUCUUGCAUAAUUCUGAUCACGCAGGUAUGUCAAUCGUUUCUGAUCGUCUUUCAACCGGAGCUGAGUUCUAUUCUUGGCGUAGAUCUAUUAGAAUGGCGCUUAAUGUGCGAAAUAAGCUUGGUUUUAUCGAUGGAACGAUACCAAAACCUGCAGAAGACCAUCGAGAUUUUGGAUCUUGGUCGCGAUGCAAUGACAUUGUUACUACUUGGAUUAUAAAUUCUGUUGAUAAGCAGAUUGGACAGAGCUUGUUAUACAUCUCUACUGCUGAGGGAAUUUGGAAAAAUCUAAUGGCAAGAUUCAAGCAAGAUGAUGCACCAAGGGUGUAUGAGAUACAGCAGAAGCUUUGCUCGAUUCAACAAGGUUCAAUGACCAUUGCUUCUUAUUACACAGCAUUGGUAACAUUGUGGGAAGAAUACAAAAAUUAUGUGGAAUUGCCGAUUUGUACUUGUGGAAGAUGUGAAUGUACUGCAGCAGCACUUUGGGAAAAAUUGCAGCAAAGAAGCAGAGUAACAAAAUUUUUGAUGGGGCUGAAUGAAUCUUAUGAAUCAACUAGGAGACACAUUCUGAUGUUAAAGCCUAUCCCCAAUCUUGAAGAUGUUUUUAACAUGGUUGUCUCUGAUGAAAGACAGAAGUCUAUCAAGCCAAAGCCAGAGGGAAUGGUAUUUCAUGCUUCUGAUAAUAUGCAGGGUUAUCAAGCUCCAUCUCCGAAUUAA